AACUUGGUAAACAAUAGUUCUGCCACAGCUUCCUAUUGGCCGCCAUGGAGUACAACAGGUGUUCUGCUACAGCUUCCUAUUGGCCGCCAAGGACUACAACAGGUGUUCUGCCAAGCUAACUAUUAGCCGCCAUGACACCCCAACUGCCUCAACGCGUCACUCCCGCUCGAGCAGAUCCUGAAGUGUAAAUCUCUAAAGGGUUGUGUGCCUCAGCAGCCAUGAACCUCAGCGCACUGCCCUCCUCUGACCAACACUUCAUAGAUGGCAUUGACUUCAUCUUCCUACCCUUCUCUGGUGCAGAUUGUUGCAGCCGGGUGACCUUGUGACACCUUGACUUCAGCACGAUCGAUGCAUCGGGGCUGUGCUAUGCAGAAACAGAUGUUACUGGAGGUGCUGAGGAUGUCCGUGAUGAAGGAGGAGAUGCCCAGACGCAUGAUGACGGCCAACACACACCAGCAGCGUGAUGACUGAACACAGACGAGAUGUAGAAGGAUGUGAGAGAUGCUCACAGAAGACUGGAGGAGGUAGAGCAAGCUAGCUAGCUGCUAAGCUAACGAAGCUAGCACGGAGAAAGGGAGCCUACAAGCUACGGUCUGAAGGAAGCUACUCCCCCGCCACCAUGACCACCACUUCCCAAAGACAGUUGGCACUCCACUCGGCGACAGAAAGUUCUGUGAGUAUGGCUUUCUGCGCUUCGUGCACUUUACUCAUGGAUAGGUUGGCUCUGCUAGAGAGCCGUGUCCGCCAGUUAGAGCAGUGUAAUUUCGUAACUUUAGAUGUUGCGGACACAUCUGCUAGCGUUAGCUGUAGCGAGCUAACUAGCCCAGCUUGUAGCAGCCCUAAGCGGCCUACAAGCUACGGUGUACCGGUUGAGACGCAUAAUAGAUUUAGCCCUUUAGCUAGUCCUACACCCCAGUCUACCGGGCACCACACUUUAGUCAUAGGGGACUCCAUCACUCGAAACAUAAAGCUUAUCAAACCAGCCACAAUUAACUGUAUUCCCAGGGCCAAAGCACCUGACAUUGAAGCUAAUCUUAGGGAGCUAACUCGCAACAGGCCUAGUAAACACAUAUGACAGGCUAAUCGAACCACUAGUUAUGCGAACACAGUUAUACACGUUGGCUCCAAUGACACUAGGAUGAGACAAUCAGAGAUUACAAAGAGAAACAUAGCCAGGACUUGUGAUUUCGCUAGAAAGAUGUCCAGGCUUCGAGUAAUUGUCUCUGGACCCCUGCCUGGGAGAGGCAAUGAUGAGAGAUAUAGCAGAUUAGUCUCACUUAAAAAGUGGCUGGCUAGCUUCUGUAGACAACAGGGACUAACGUUUAUUGAUAAUUGCCCCUCUUUACGGGGCAAACCUGGCUUGCUGAUGAGAGACGACCUUCACCCUAACCGGGAAGGCGCUAUCAUCUUGUCUCGGAACAUAGAUUUCUCGUUGAGUCACAUUUGACUAACUGCACUAGAGCAAGCCUGCUAGUCUGGGUGAGGAGUCAGUUAAAUUAGAACUAGCCAGCGCCAGGCUGGAUAAUCCCUGCAGAAAAAGGAAUUUUCUUAGAAUAAUACACAACUCACAUAAUGUUUUUUCUACUAUGACUAUGUUAGAGUUGGACAUGCGUUCUACUGAGGUGGCAAAUUAUGAUGCGUUCAGUCUAUCGCAGCACCAAGUAGACAAUCUGAAAACUUCCGUCACAUCAAUUCCUAGAUAUUGUCAUAAUUAUUUUAAGUGCACUGCGCAUAAUAAACGCAACAUUAUUAAUAUUGCUACUACAGAUAAUUUUAUUAAAAACUCCUUAAAACAGCCCACUACCUAUAAUAUGGGGUUUCUAAACAUAAGAUUAUUGUCUCCCAAAACGUUAUUAGUUAAUGAGGUCAUUAGAGACAAUAAUCUUAACGUCAUCGGUCUCAGCGAAACCUGCCUUAAACGAAAACUUUAACCUUAGUCCUAACUUAAAUAAUAAAUAUAAAUCGUUUGAGGUGCUUACUAUGAGGUCUGUCACACCGCUGCCUCUAUGCCUGGCUGUUAUCUACCGCCCCCCAGGGCCCUAUUCGGACUUUAACAGUGAAUUCUCAGAGUUUGUUGCUGAUCUAGUGACGCACCCCGAUAAUAUAAUUAUAAUGAGGACUUUAGUAUCCAUAUGAAUACCCCAUCGGACCAACCGUGCGUGGCGCUCCAGACUAUAAUUAAUAGCCGUGGCCUUACACAAAUAAUAAAUGAACCGACGCAUCACAGCAGUAAUACGAUAGACCUAGUGCUUGUCAGGGGUAUCAACGUUUCCAAAGUUAUGAUAGUCCCGUGUACUAAAGUAAUGUCCGAUCAUUACCUUAUAAAAUUCGAAGUUCAGACUCAUGUUCGGCAAGCUAAUAAUAAUAAUAAUAACUGCUAUAGCAGCCGCAACAUUAAUGCUGCCAAGACGACGACUCUUGCUGACCUACUGCCCUUGGUAAUGGCAACAUUCCCAAAGUAUGUGGGCUCUAUUGAUAACCGUACUAACAACUUUAACGAUGCCCUGCGCGAAACCAUUGAUAGUAUAGCACCGCUGAAGUUAACAAAGGCUCCAAAAAGGCGUACGCCAUGGUUUACUGAAGAAACUAGAGCUCAGAAGUUAUUAUGUAGAAAGCUGGAAUGCAAAUGGCGCACGACUAAACUUGAGGUGCACCAUCAAGCAUGGAGUGAUGGUUUAAUAACUUAUAAACGCAUUCUUACCUUAGCUAAAGCUAAAUAUUACUCAAAUCUCAUACGCCUUAAUAAAAACGAUCCAAAAUUUUUGUUUAGUACGGUAGCAUCGCUAACCCAACAAGGGACUCCUUCCAGUAGCUCCACCCUCUCGGCAGAUGACUUUAUGAAGUUCUUUAAUAAGAAAAUUGAACUUAUUAGAAGGGAGAUUAAAGACAAUGCGUCCCAGCUACAACUGGGUUAUAUUAACACAGAUACGACUGUAUAUAUGGCGGAUACUGCAAAUAUCCAAAAUAGUUUCUCUUGUUUUGAUGAAAUAACAUUUGAAGAAUUGUUACAACGUUUAAAUGGAAUAAAACAACAUGUUUAUUGACCCACUUCCUGGGAAACUUAUCAAGGAGCUCUUUGUAUUAUUAGGUCCAUCAGUGCUAAAUAUUAUAAACGUAUCACUUUCCACGGGCAUUGUUCCCCUAGCAUUCAAAAAAGCGGUUAUUCAUCCUCUAUUUAAAAGACCUAACCUCGAUCGUGACCUCAUGGUAAACUACCGACCGGUGUCUCACCUUUCCUUUAUUUCGAAAAUCCUCGAAAAAAUUGUUGCAGAGCAGCUAAAUGAACACUUAGCGUCCAACAAUCUAUGUGAAACCUUUCAAUCCGGUUUCAGGGCAAAUCACUCUACGGAGACAGCCCUCGCAAAAAUGACUAAUGAUCGCAGCCCUUUGAGACACUAGUGAUUUAGGGCUAUAUAAGUAAACAUUGAUUGAUUGAUCCAUUGCUAACGAUGGAUUCUGAUGCGUCAUCUAUGUCGCUGCUCCUCAAUCUGAGCGCUGCUUUCGAUACCGUCAAUCAUAAUAUUUUAUUAGAGCGUAUCAAAACACAAAUUGGUAUCUCGGACUUAGCCCUGUCUUGGUUUAACUCUUAUCUUACUGACAGGGUGCAGUGCCUCUCCCAUAACAGUGUGACCUCGGACUAUGUUAAAGUAACGUGUGGAUUUCCCCAGGGUUAGGUCCUUGGCCCUGCACUCUUCAGCAUCUACAUGCAGCCGAUGGGUGACGUCAUACGCAAAUACGGUAUUAGCUUUCACUGUUAUGUUGAUGACACCCAACUCUACAUGCCCCUAAAGCUGACCAACACGCCGGACUGUAAUCAGCUGGAGGCGUGUCUUAAUGAAAUUAAACAAUGGAUGUCCGCUAACUUUUUGCAACUCAACGCCAAAAAAAACGGAAAUGCUGAUUAUCGGUCCUGCUAGACACCGACCUCUAUUUAAUAAUACAACUUUAACAUUUGACAACCAAACAAUCAAACAAGGCGACUCAGUAAAGAAUUUGGGUAUUAUCUUCGACCCAACUCUCCUUUGAGUCACACAUUAAAAGCGUUACUAAAACGGCCUUCUUUCAUGUCCGUAAUAUCGCUAAAAUUCGCUCCAUUUUGUCCACUAACGAUGCUGGGAUCAUUAUCCAUGCGUUUGUUACGUCUCGUCUCGAUUACUGUAACAUUAUUUUCGGGUCUCCCCAUGUCUAGCAUUAAACGAUUACAGUUGGUACAAAAUGCGGCUGCUAGACUUUUGACAAGGACAAGAAAGUUUGAUAAUACGCCUAUACUGGCUCACCUGCACUGGCUUCCUGUGCACUUAAGAUAUGACUUUAAGGUUUUACUACUUAGGUAUAAAAUACUACACGGUCUAGCUCCAGCCUAUCUUGCCGAUUGUAUUGUACCAUAUGUCCCGGCAAGAAAUCUGUGUUCAAAGGACUCCGGCUUAUUAGUGAUUCCAAAGUCCAAAAAAAGUCUGCGGGCUAUAGAGCGUUUUCCUUUCGGACUCCAGUACUCAGUUUGAGAUGCUAUCUCAGUAGAAGCAUUUAAGUCUCACCUUAAAACUCAUCUGUAUACUCUAGCCUUUAAAUAGACCUCCUUUUCAGACCAGUUGAUCUGCCGCUUCUUUUCUUUUUCUCCUCUGUCCCCCCCUCCCUUGCGGAGGGGGUCCGGUCCGAUGGCCAUGGAUGAAGUACUGGCUGUCUAGAGUUGGGACCCAGGAUGGACCGCUCGUCGGGACCCAGGAUGGACCGCUUGCCUGUGUUGGGGACAUCUCUACGCUGCUGAUCCGACUCCGCUUGGGAUGGUUUCCUGUGGACGGGACUCUCGCUGCUGUCUUGGAUCCACUAUGGAUUGAACUUUCACAGUAUCAUGUUAGACCCGCUCGACAUCCAUUGCUUUCGGUCCCCUAGGGGGUGUGGGGUUGCCCACAUAUGAUUCCUCUCCAAGGUUCUCAUAGUCAUCAUUGUCACCGACGUCCCACUGGGUGUGAGUUUUCCUUGCCCUUAUGUGGGUUCUUCCGAGGAUGUCGUAGUUGUUCGUGCAGCCCUUUGAGACACUAGUGAUUUAGGGCUACAUAAAUAAAUAUUGAUUGAUACUUUACUCUGUUUGAAAAGUACUGGGUGCCCUUUUUUUUUUUUUUUUUCCUCAAGCGGGCAUAACGCCGCAUCGACACAUCGUGACAUUGCUGGAUUUACGAGCACAGGAGCAUGUUCGUCAAUGCAAUGGGUGGCUCUACACUUGACAUCCACUGGAAUGAUACCAAGUACAAAUGUGUGGUAACAUCCAAAACUAAUGUAAAUUAUGCAAACAACAAAAUAAGUGAUUAUUACGUUUUAACAGAAGUGUAGAUAGAACAUGUUAAAACAGAAAAUAACCAGAUUUGAUUGACUAUUGAAACUUUUAUUAGAUUGUACAGUACAGUACAUAUUCCAUUCAAUUCACCACUAAAUGGUAACACACUAAUACGUUUUUAACUUGUUCAUGGUAACAGUAAAUGAACAAGUGGAUUAAUAAUCAAUUUUUACAGUUUGUCCCUCAUAAUGUUGACAAAAUAAUAGAAUGAUAAAUGACACAAUAUGUUACUGCAUAUGU